AUGUGCGUCACAGCCUACUCCUUAUUCACAGUCUGUGGGCACUACCCGUGCUCCGAAGACCAAAAAUGCCAAGUUUACUCCAGCUACUCGGCCUUGAAGAAGAAACUCGUGUAUUGCUGCGAUAGCGAGCUUAGGGCAGUCAAAUUCGUCUUUGACUGGUGCCCAGAAUGCAAGAAAGUGCUCUUUAAAGAUGUCGCUACCAGGGAUGAGAAGGGGAAGGGGAAGGGGAAGGAGACGUACGCGUUUGAGACUCGAAACAUUGACGCUAUUCGGCGAUAUUGGGAGUACAAGUUUAUCAUUGGAAGCGCAACGGCCAUUGAGCCUACGAAAAGGUUGCGAUUCGUAGUCAAUCUCGAUCGGGACAUGGCAAAGGACAGCCAAACGUGGACAGGCAUAAGCACCAUCAAUAGGCUGCUGGAGAUGAUGGAGCUUGGAAGAGAAAUCUCCUUGUGCCAGAGAGCCAUGGAUUUUGGCAAGUUGACCGUCGAUGAGGCGACGCUCCAAAGAGCUCUUUACACCUUGAAGCCUUCUGAGAUAUGGCUUGGCCCGAAGAAGCAUGAUUAUGCAAUCGCCAGUCGGGACAGAUUCGCAACAUUGCUACACAAGGCAAGGCUUGGGACCAUUAUGUGGGCCAAUGGCAAUGAUGAGAUUCAUGAAAGGGAGCUUGGCGUGUCCAUGCACUGGGAGAGUCCUUAUGCCCCGGGCAUUUGGAAGGUGACUGGAUAUGGUGAGGCUGUAGCUGGCUCAACUGAGGUUCCGUGCAUAAGCGGAUUAACGUGGCAGGAGGGUCUUAAGCUGAGGCUUGAGGCAUUGAUGGAGGCUUUAAGUCAUAUCAUGGAAUCAUAG